GUUAGUGAGGGGGCGUGUCUGUUGUCAGGGGUCAUGUGACCAUGAAAGUCAUGUCACUAGUAUAAAUCCUCUGACAGACGACGUACUGCUUCUCUCCAGCGUUUCUCACGGAGGCCUUGUAUCCGGUUUGGUCUGGCUGUUACGUGAGCCAUGGCAGACCAGGCUUUUGUCACCCUUGCGACAACUGAUAAUUAUGCCAAAGGAGCAAUGGUACUUGGCAGGUCCUUGAGGAACCACAACACAUCGAGGAAACUAGUGGCCCUGAUUGGCCCCCAUGUCUCUGAACCCUCCAGAGCAGUGCUUCGUAAGGUCUAUGAUGACGUCAGGCUGGUGGACGUGCUGGACAGUGGGGAUGCUGCACACUUGGCCAUGAUGAAGAGACCUGACCUGGGCGUCACCUUCACCAAACUUCACUGCUGGACUCUUACAGAAUACUCCAAAUGUGUGUUUAUGGAUGCAGAUACUCUAGUUUUGUCUAACAUAGAUGAGUUAUUUGAUCGAGAGGAGCUCUCUGCCGCACCAGAUCCCGGCUGGCCUGAUUGCUUCAACUCUGGUGUGUUCGUCUUCCGUCCCUCCAACGAGACUUAUGAGAAGCUUCUCACCACCUGCUCAGAGAAUGGCAGCUUUGAUGGUGGGGAUCAGGGCGUUCUCAACAGCUACUUCAGCGAUUGGGCAACGGCAGAUAUUUCAAAACACCUUCCCUUUAUUUACAACCUCAGCAGCAUUGCCAUCUACACCUAUCUCCCAGCAUUCAAGCAAUACGGCCGUGAUGCCAAGGUGGUUCAUUUCCUUGGCAAAGUCAAACCGUGGGAUUACAGUUAUGACACAACAAGCAAAACGUUAAAGGGCCAGUCACAGGAUGCAUCUGACAUGCACCCAAACUUCUUGCUGCAAUGGUGGGAGCUUUUCUCUUCUUCAGUAUUGGUCCUCAUGAAGGAGGAAUAUGGUGACCAGCCCUUCCAUUCCGGAUGCACAGAGAGUGAUAUUAACGUUGAUGUGGCUCAGAUGCACAUAUCCCAUCAUCCCCCUCCACCUCCGGUGUCGUCUCAGGAGCGCAAACAGAAGUGGGAACAGGGCCAAGCUGACUACAUGGGAGUGGACUCUUUUGAGAACAUAGAGAAAAAGCUAGAUUCCUUCCUAAAGUGAGUCUUGUAGGAACGGAUCAUUGGGUCUAGUUUUGUACUAGGGUACUUGUAGGCCAUGAAAUAACAUUAAAAAAAAACAAAAUGUAAAAAAAA